UAGAAAAGAAAAUACAGACUAGGAGAGGAGGGAAGGGACCUCGGAGGUCUUCUAGUCCAACCCCCUGCUCAGGCAGGAAACCCUAUACCAUUUCAGACAAACGGUACAGUUUUGCUCUGCUCCCAGGUCUACUCAGAAAAAAAAAAAAACCUUGCGUGUUAUGAAGACGAGUCCCUUGUAAACUCGACUCGAGCACUGCUAAAAUUAAGGCGAGGCUUCCAAGCAAGGUUUAAAUAAGUCCAAAUCUUCGUGCUCAAAUAAACCCAGAUUCUAUGAAACAAACCUCAGAUAACAAAAGGUUCAAUAAACCAGGUUUAAAGUAAAAUGGUUUUUAUUUAAUUACAUACCACGUAACGCAUAAAAAAAUUAUUUUAAAAUAAACCUCCGAAAGAUCUAAAACAACCGAUCUGAAUUUUAAAACCCAGCAGGCAGAAGUCCGAAAAGAAUCCGAAGUCGGGAUUGAGCACAAAUCGGACCACGCCCCUGGAAUCCUUCGCUACCAAGGCCCGCCCCUUUCUGGGAAGAGCAGAGGAUUGGCCAAGCCGGGGGGGGGGGAGGCACAUAGAUCUAUAAUCCGUUAGCGAGACACGCAAAGCACGACACCCGCUUCGAAGAUCGCGUUUGCAUUUUUUUUUCCCCUCCCGCUUUGGGGGGGGGCAACUAAGAAUUCUUAGCUUUUUUUCAGCUUUUGCUACACGCGAAAUACGACUAAGGGGAUUGGUGCAAUGCAUUUAGGGCAGUGUUUCUUCCACCUUGACCAUUUUAAGGCGCGUGGACUUCAACUCCCAGAAUUCCACAGCCAGCAUUUGCCUUCCGCCACUACAAACGCCAUCAUCCCCGGGGAGCAGCUGCUGCUGCUAAUGCUGCUCCUCCUCCUUUGUCUCCCAUGCCGCAAUCCGCAAACCCUUUCCAGGAACCAGGGGGAGAAAAAUAAAUAAUUAAAAAAAAAUUGGCCGAAGCGCGCGAUCCUACAGUCUUAGGAUUCCCCGAACGGGCUCGCGCAGCGAGGCCCGUUGCCUCCACGUGCUGCGCGGAAGAGGGCGGGGAUCGGUCCCCCGCAGGCACUUCCCUGCAAGCGGGCGCCGAGCAGCGGCCUCCGGGAGGGCGCGUAACGAGCGGCCGGAGCAACCUCCGCCCGGGUCGGCUCUGCCUACCAGCCUGCGCGCCUCCCGGGGCGGCAUGAGCGAGGCGGAGGAUCCCCCGCGGCCGGCCCUCUGCCCGGCCAUGUGCCCGGCGGCGGAGUUCGCGCGGCGGCGGCGCCAGGGGCGGCUGCACCGGCUGGAGCUGGGCGCGGAUGGCCAGCCGGACUCUCGGCGGGCAGUGACGGAGGUCUCCCGCCCGGCGGCCGGCCGGGCUCCGCCGCCGCCCGGCGACCUGCGCCCGCCGGCGGUGCUGCUGGCCACGGUGCGGCACCUGCUGGGCCCGGCGGGGGCCGAGGCGAGCGGGGCGUCGCCGGCCGAGCGCUGCGCCUUCGUGGCCGACCGCCUGCGCGCCGUCCGGCUGGAUCUGGCGCUGCAGCGGCCGCCCGCCGCGCCCUGCGCCGCCCUGCUGGAGCGCGCCCUGGUUUACCUGCUCCACGCCGGCGCCCGGCUGGGCCACGAGGCGCCCGCCCGCUUCGACGCCCACUUGCACGACGGGCAGCUGCGCGAGACCUUCGCCGCCCUGCGCCGCGCUUACCGCCGCCCCGACGCGCAUCCUGCCCAGCCGCGCUUCCAGGCGCUUUUCCUGCUCUACCACCUGGGCUCCCCAGAUGCCCUCUGGCAGAUCCUCCAGCUGACUGACAAUAUCCGGGCAUCUCCAGACCUCAAGGCUGCGCUUGCCAUCCACUGGGCUUUCUUGGAAAGAAAUUUUGCCCGUUUCUUCCGCCUGGCCCGCGAGCUCCCUUACCUUCCCAGCUGCGCCCUCUAUCCCCACCUGGCCAAGACGCGGCGCCUAGCGUUGCUCACUUUCAGCCACGGCUUCAAUGCAAAGAAUUGCCGGUACCCCCUGGCUCGGCUGACCCACCUCCUGGCCAUCGACAGCCCAGAAGAGGCCACUGACUUAUGCCGGGCGCACGGCUUGGCCGUGAUCGACGAGAGCAUCGUCUUCCAGAAGGGCUCCUUCAGGGAUUCAGCUCCAUUGGAGAACCGGACUUCCUAUCUCCUUGUGAACAGCAAAGGGGAGGAGACGCUGUUAGAUCUCUCAGAGCGGGUCUGCAGCUGAGGUGGCAUGCGGGUUUCAAAAGAAUGAUCUGCCUUGAAAUGCUGGCUGAAGGUAUGCAGAUCUCUCCCCGUAUGUAGAAAGCCAGUUCCUCAGGGAUGGUGUUUGCGGCAAAUGUGAUGGUGGCUUACAGCCUCUCUAUUCUGCCUCCUUGUUCUGCUCUAUGGGUAACCAGCAUUUGCUGCUUGUAGUAGAGCAGUGUUUUUCAACCUCUGCAAGUUUAAGAUGGGUGGACUUCAAUGCCCAGAAUUCCCCAGCCAGCACGAUUUAAGCAUAGCUAUUUGGGGAAUUGUUAAGUCCACACAUCUUAAAUUUGCAGAGGUUGAAAAACAUUGUAUUACAGAUGCAUAUCACUGCUUUGUUGUGUUAUGAGUGCUAUUUAUCGCACUGGAAUAGUUGUGCAAAAAACAAUGAUUGGUCUGCUCUCUGCACAUGGUUUGCGGUUAAGGAUGUUCUUUUCUCAGCCACAGAGUGUGCACUAACUCUAAGCAUGGCCUUUUGGGGCUACAAUGCCCUGUUUUGUUCACGAGAAAAGCCAGCGCUAAAUUCCCACUAAAACCUAUUUUAUUCUUUUGGGGUUGAAAUUGGUCAGGUUUUCCAGAUGUGGCUGCCUUGCCCAGCAGUUUAGUGGUGAGGAACAUGGGAAGAUGUACUUCAUCAAUCUCUGCAUGACUGCACUCAACACUGGUGUUGAUGAACUACAACUCCCAGCAUCCUUCGCUGACCUGCUGUAGUAAGCCACAUCUGGAAAAGUGUUUCUUAAUUCUGAAAGAAGAGAACGGGCAGCGGUAUAUUCUCUUGGUUUCAAAACUUUUUGGGCAGCCAUUUGUCUAACAUGGUUGAGGGUCUCCUGCUUGAACGGGGUUGGACUAGAUGACCUCCAAGGUCCAUUCCAAUUCUAGUUAUUCAAACCUUUGAUGCUAUUCAACACUUCACACAAGUGGCGUUUGAGGAGUCUGUGUUGUGAUUUUUUUACUAGCCACUGGAACACUCUGCCUCAGUUUUUUUUUUAUGGAACAAAACCACCUUUGAGAGAGACAGCUUCAGUAUUCAGAGUCUCCUUUCUCUGGAAUAUUUAUUUUUUCCCUAAAGGAAGAAGAUGAGUGUUUUAAAAUGUGAUAAAUUAAAUAAAUACCCUAUU